AUGGCUGAAUCAAAUGUUGAACACGAUUCGAAAGAAGAUUUUGUCGAAAAAGGCAGAACUGAUGUUGGACAUCAGUAUCCAAUUAUUAUUCUUGAUGAUAAUAAAGAUAAAAAAAAAAUAUAUGAACAAGUGUUUGCUGAAUAUAGUCGUUUUAUCAAACGACCUAUAUAUAUAUUCGACAAUGCAAAUGAAUGCUAUAAUUUUGUUACGACCGAAUUAUGCGGCAAUACACACACCAAGGUCCUUGUCUUAGUGCGAGAUCAAUUAAUUAAUAAUAUUAUUCAUAAAAUUGUUCGUUUUGAUCAAAUUCAAAAAAUUAUUAUCCUCAACGAUAAUCCACCAAGUGAAGAAGAAAGAAAAUCAAUGAAAACCUAUUCCAAAGUACGUGAAUAA